CUGGGAUGGUGACGGUUAUCCUGCAGCCCGCGGGCCGCUGCAGCUGGGACGAGCCCGUGCGCAUCGCCGUGCGCGGCCUGGCCCCGCGACAGCCCGUCACGCUGCGCGCGUCCCUGCGCGACGAGAAGGGCGCGCUCUUCCGGGCCCACGCGCGGUACCAAGCCGACGCCGGCGGCCUCCUGGACCUGGCGCGCGCGCCCGCGCUGGGCGGCAGCUUCACGGGGCUCGAGCCCAUGGGGCUGCUCUGGGCCCUGGAGCCGGAUAAGCCGUUUUGGCGGUUUGUGAAGCGGGACGUGCAGACACCCUUCGCCGUGGAGCUGGAGGUGCUCGACGGCCACAAGCCGGACGCCCGGCGCGUCCUGGGCCGGGCGGUGCACGAGCGCGACUUCCUGCGGCCGGGCGUGCGGCGGGAGCCGGUGCGCGCGGGCCGGGUGCGCGCCACGCUCUUCUUGCCCCCUGGACCUGGACCUUUCCCGGGGAUCAUUGACAUCUUUGGAAUUGGAGGGGGCCUGAUGGAAUAUCGAGCCAGCCUUUUGGCUGGUCAUGGCUUUGCCACCUUGGCUCUAGCUUAUUAUAACUUUGAGGAUCUCCCCAAGGAAAUUGACAGCAUACACCUGGACUACUUUGAAGAAGCCCUGUGCUACAUGCUUCAACACUCCAAGGUAAAGGGCCCAGGCAUUGGGCUUCUGGGCAUUUCUUUAGGGGCUGAUAUUUGUCUUUCCAUGGCCUCAUUUUUGAAGAACAUCUCAGCCACAGUUUCCAUCAAUGGAUCUGGCUUCAGUGGAAACACAGCCAUACACUACAAGCAGACUUGCAUCCCAUCAUUGGGCUAUGAUUUUAGGAGAAUCAAGGUAGCUUUCUCAGGUCUCCUGGACAUUGUGGAUAUUCGGAAUGAUAUUGUAGGAGGGCAUGAGAACCCCAGCAUGAUUCCAAUAGAGAAGGCCCAGGGGCCCAUCCUCUUCAUCGUUGGUCAGGAUGACCGUAACUGGAGGAGUGAGUUAUAUGCCCAAAUAGCCUCUGAACGGUUACAGGCCCAUGGAAAGGAAAAACCCCAGAUCAUCUCUUAUCCUGGGACUGGGCAUUAUAUUGAGCCUCCUUACUUCCCCCUAUGCCCAGCUUCUGUGCACAAAUUUCUGAACAAAUCUGUAAUCUGGGGUGGGGAGCCCAGGGCUCAUUCUAAGGCUCAGGAAGAUGCUUGGAAACAAAUUCUAACCUUUUUCUGCAAACAUCUUGGAGGUACCCAGAAUAUAGCUUCCCCUAAAUUGUAAUGUGUUGGUCUGUUAUUGACAUGAGAAAUUCGAGGUCAGAUUCUGGUAUUUAAUAAUCAUAUGUGAAUCAGUUGUCCCCUGGAUAAUGUUAAAUUCAUGUCAUGGAUAUUAA